AUGCAUCUGAACAUCAGUCUCCAAACAUUCUCACCAUCGUGCGAUCCAGCUCAACACACAGGAGCUCUCCGCAGUACCAAGUGGUCGGCGAGCGAGCUGGCCCCUUUUGGCUUCACGCUGGGCUGCCAGCUCCAUGGGGGCGAGCAAGGAGCUAGCUUCGCAUCGUUGCGAGUUGCUCGAGGCUAG